CCAAUCCGCCAGGCUCCUGCCUUCCGGGAGCGAGGAGGCCAGAGUGGCUCCUCCUUCGGUCGACCGGUGCCCGGCCCGCCCAUCCCCGGCUCCGUCUGCGGAGAGAGGGGCAGAGUUCCCCGCGCGGGUGGGCGAUGCCGCUCGGGCUCCUUUUCCAGCUGCAGAUUCACAACCAGCAUAAUGUUGGUACUCCAAAUUCUUAACCAGAAGUGUGCAGAAUGGCGCAGGGAGAAGUUAACCUGGACCAUGAUAUACCACUCCUGACCCUUCCACCAUAUUGGGCCAAAACCAUUGUGGGACUUUUUUCCAUUAUCUGCUUUGUGAACAGCUAUGAUGGAGAUUUUGUCUUUGAUGACUCUGAAGCUAUAAUCAACAAUAAGGAUCUAAGGGCUGAUACCCCCCUUGGUGAUCUGUGGCAUCAUGAUUUUUGGGGGAAUAAACUCAGUAGCAAUACAAGCCACAAAUCUUACCGACCGCUUACUGUAUUGACUUUCAGGAUUAAUUAUCUUUUAGCUGGAGGCUUCCACCCAUUGGGCUUUCAUAUCAUCAAUAUAAUACUCCAUUGUAUUAUUUCUGUCUUAAUUGUUGAUGUCUUCUCAAUAUUAUUGGGUGGGCUGCACUACACCAAUAAAGGAAGAAGGCUCAACUUUGUCCCCAAAUCCUCCUUCCUAGCGGCUUUGCUGUUUGCUGUACAUCCUGUGCACACUGAAUGUAUUGCAGGGAUCGUUGGCAGAGCAGACCUCUUGUGUGCCCUAUUCUUUCUGUUAUCUUUUCUUGGCUACUGCAAGGCGUUUAAAGAGAAUAAAGAAGGAUCCCAGUUCUCCAUCAGUUGGAUUUUGCUGAGUGUCCUCCUUGGCACUAUGGCGAUGCUGUGCAAAGAACAAGGAGUUACAAUACUGGGUUUAAAUGCUCUGUUUGAUGCUGUCGUGAUCAACAGGCUCAAUAUUUUGGAAGUUGUUUUGAAGAUACUUCAUAAGGACAAGUCAGUAGAGAGCCUAGUGGUGUUUAGAAAAGGACUUCUUUUCAGAAUUACUCUUUUGUUAUCUGGAGGAGCCGCUGUUCUAUAUGCCCGCUGGCAAAUUAUGGGCACAGGGCCUCCAGCAUUUACAGAAGUGGAUAACCCAGCUUCAUUUGCAACCAGUCCAUUUGUAAGGGCUGUAAAUUAUAAUUACUACUAUUCUCUGAAUGCUUGGCUGUUGCUGUGUCCCUGGUGGCUGUGUUUUGAUUGGUCAAUGGGCUGCGUGCCCCUUAUUAAAUCAGUCAGUGACUGGAGAAUAAUUGCUCUGGUGCUUCUUUGGCUGUGCCUGAUUGUGCUAGCAUGCCAAGCUUUGGGUUCGAAAGAUGGCCAAAAAAGAAGAAUCCUUACCCUGGGAUUGGGAUUUCUCAUCAUUCCUUUUCUACCUGCAAGUAACCUGUUUUUUAGAGUUGGGUUUGUUGUUGCCGAGAGGGUCACCUAUCUCCCCAGCAUUGGUUACUGCGUAUUGAUUACAUAUGGAUUUUGUCUGUUGUGUAAACAAGCUAAGAAUAAGAAAUUGUUGGUUGCUGCUCUGCUGGGCCUCUUACUGAUAAAUAUGUGGCGUUGCAUCAGCCGUAGUAACCAAUGGAGAUCGGAGGAGCAGCUUUUUAGAAGUGCUUUGUCUGUUUGUCCAUUGAAUGCCAAAGUGCAUUAUAAUGUUGGCAAAAACUUGGCUGAUAAUGGCAAUCAAAGUGCUGCAAUCAGUUACUACAGAGAGGCUGUAAGAUUGAAUCCUAAAUACGUACACGCUAUGAACAACUUGGGAAAUAUCUUGAAAGAAAAAAAUGAACUUCAUGAAGCUGAAGAACUUCUCUCACUAGCUGUUCAAAUACAGCCUGAUUUUGCAGCAGCAUGGAUGAAUUUAGGGAUAGUGCAGAAUAGCUUAAGAAGGUAUGAAGAAGCAGAGAAAAGCUACUGGACUGCAAUUAGACACAGGAAAAAAUACCCAGAUUGUUACUAUAAUCUAGGACGCUUAUAUGCUGAUCUAAAUCGCCACGUAGAUGCACUGAAUGCCUGGAGAAACGCCACAGUAUUGAAACCACAACAUAGUUUGGCUUGGAACAACAUGAUUAUAUUGCUUGAUAAUACAGGGAACUUGGCACAAGCAGAAACUGUUGGAAGGGAAGCUUUGGAGUUAAUACCAAAUGAUCAUUCUCUUAUGUUUUCGCUGGCAAAUGUACUGGGGAAAUCACAGAAAUAUAAGGAAUCUGAAGCUUUGUUCCACAAGGCAAUUAAAGCCAAUCCAACGGCUGCCAGUUACCAUGGCAAUUUGGCUGUGCUGUACCAUCGCUGGGGAAAUUUCGACUUAGCCAAGAAACACUAUGAAGUCUCUCUGAAGCUUGACCCCGCGGCAGCUGGGACCAGGGAAAACUACAGUCUUUUAAAAAAGAAACUGGAUCAACUGCAAAAAAAAGGGUGACGCCUGAGGCUUUGAGUGCAGAUUUCAUAUAACGUGGCUACAGAUCACCAGAGAGAGGCAUUGUCACCCAGGACUACAGAACACAACAACAUGGGCCGUUCAGAAGUUUCUUGAAAUUUCUAGCGUUAGAAUUUCAAAGGGGGAAAAAAGGUUCUAGUAUUUCAUUUAGAGAAUUAAAAGGGCUUGCUUCUCCUUUUUCGGGUUUGUUUGUUUUGUUUUUUUGAACCAGUGAUGAAAUUAGAUGAAUAUUUAUAUUGAUGUUCAAUCAUUUGCACUGGUAGAGUCCACAUUAAAAUGGACAGAAUGGAGAACUGUCCCCAGUUUCAGAAAUGGAAGUGGAUGGUAACUGUUCUGCUUUCAAUAGGAAUUUCAGUUUUAUACUAGGAUAUACUAUCCUAGUAUAUUCCAGACUAUAAUCCUGGUAUAGGUAGCCCUUGAUUUACAACUACAAUUGGGACUGUAAUUUUAGUCCCAAAAGAGAUGCGGUUAUUAAGCAAGGCGUCCUAUGAUUGGAUCCGAGUUUACAACCAUUUUUACCAUGGACAUUAAGCAAAUUACAAAGUCAUUGAGCAAACCUGGCUCCCCCCAAUUGACUUGGCUUGUGGGAAGCCAGCUGGGAAGUUGCAGAUUGUUAACACGUGAUUGCAAGAUAGUGCAACUGUCAUCAAUGCGUACCAGUUGCCAAUAGCCCAGAUUGCAAUCACAUGACUGCAGAGGUCGUAUGAUGGUCGUAACUUUGAGGGCAGGUUGUAAGUAAGUUUUUUUGAGAUUGUCAUAACUUCGAACUGUCAUGAAACAGACCAUUGUAAGUCAAAGACUACCUGUAUGCAAUAUGACCUUGUAAUAAGGACAACACUUUGAGCAGGGAAAAUUGAUUUAUACAUUGAUGAAGAGAUGAUUUGCUUUGAUAACUCAGAAGUUGCUUUCCUCUGGCCAGGCUUUAAUUGCUGUCCGUUUGUUGUAAAUAAACCUGCUGAAAAUGAGAUAUAGCAGGUCGAGAUUUUUCCACUGCAAGAAUUCUUUGAAUUCAUAGUGCUCUUAGGUUCAGGUAUUUGUUAUCAUAUAAGCUAAAGUCAGUGUUUGAUUGAGAUUACAAAGGAACGCUUGCUUUUUUGAAGUUGUAAAAUUGGGGGGUGGGGGGUGCCUGGAAGGUUGCAUAAAUUGUUUCAACACUUCAGCUGGGAAUUGAUCAUUAUGACUUCAGACAAAGAGGCUUUUUUCUCUGGGUCUGAUAUGUUGGUGCCUGUUUUUGUGGACCUAUGAACAAUUUAAAUCCAUACAAUUUCUUGAUGUUUCUUCGUUUCCUCUUGGUGAGUAUAGAGAUGCCAGAAACAUACUGCAAGGUCACCUGUUAGUAUUAUAUCUAACUUUGUUGAGUAACUUAAGGAUCGGGAAAUAGUUUGUUCUUCCAUGUCCAUAUUUAUUCUUGGUAGAGUCUGUAUUUUUUUGUGCUGAAGAGAAAGAAAAGGAUAUGCACUGAGCCAGGGCAGUGAAAUAGAAAUAAAAAUGAUGUGCAUAUACUGUAUUCUGGAAUCUUAGUCCCCAGUUUCAGCUUCUUCUAAAAGAAGGACCACUAUAGAAAGAGGAGUUUUAAAGGAUUAUUUGGCCUCAUGACUUCUGUAUUAGCAGUUCCACAUACUUUAUUAAAAAAAAUUCAAACAAAUAUAUUCUAUUCAGCAUUGCACUGUUUUAGCCAUCAUGGAAUUUUUUUAGAUAUUAAUAUCCUAUCAGACAAGGUAGUUAUAGAGCAGGGUUUCUCAAUCCCUGGUUUGUGGACUGGCACCAGGCCACGGCCCACCAGGAACCGGGCUGGGCAAGCAAGCAAAGCUUCAUCUGUGCACGUGCAGAAUCCAAGUAGUGUGUGAAACCAUGCCCCACCCCAAUCUGCAGAAAAACGACCCUCCACGGAACUGGUCCUUGGCACCCAAAAGGUUCGGGGGCCACUGUUAUAGAGAAUAUUUUAAAUAUCUAGAAAGUCCACAUGCCAUAUUCAAUUCAUUAUAGAAGCAAUAAGAAUUUUUUUAUUUUUCAUUUUCCAUGCUGCCUUUCUUCCUGCUGAUAAUGUAUAUCUCCAGACAGUUGUUACAUCAGAUUCAUGCUCAUUCAAUAAUAAGAGCAAUUCUCUGGAAAUGGAAACCUCUGUAUUUGGCAAUGCAUCUAGCUUGAUGCAAUUUUGAAGGUACCAUAAUAUUGCAAUUUUGUUUUUUCAGUUUUAAAUAUGUUCAGGUCCUCUCGUUUAUUCUACCUUCUAUGAACAGAUUCAAGAUAGAGAUAUAAUUAUUUCUGGAGUACUUGCAUAUGUUAAGUGACAGCUGUGUUUGUUCAAACCCAUAUACAGUUCAGUUUACCUAUUUAUGUUCAAGUACUAAGGGUCUCUUGGCAUUCAAAAGUCUAUUGUUUUGUUUUGUUUUAUUUUUCAAAAGAAUGAUGUAGAUAUCAAUCUUCCCAGACAAAAUAUCUGAUUGGAUAAUAGAAAUCAAUGUCACAGGCUGUAAAAGCUUUAUUAUAGUCAAAAAAAUCCAUUUGGCUAGUGGGUUUUUCCUGACCUACAUCAUUUUUAAUAAGGCUUCAAUUACAAAAUCUUCUAGCUUUUAAAAUACGCCUAGCAUUUGAUAAUAAUUUAUGGCAAAAUUGAGUUUGUUUGAUCAUAAGUAGCAUAAUUUAUUCUGUUAUGAGAACACAGAGGACACUUUUCAAGAUUUUAUAACCAUGCUCCAAAAUGAGAGAGAGAGAGAUUUUAUUUCUUAUCAGUUCUUUUCCUAGUAGAGCUGUCUUAGACUAGCAAAUGUGAGUGUCACAGAUGCUUACUAGAACAGAAAUUAUGUCCUUUUUUGUCAGCCUUACUAGCUGGAACAGAUAAGAAUUACAACUCACCCAGGUCAGCAAAUUCUACUCUUUUAUAAAGCUACAUUAACAGAAACUUGCAAGUACCAUUCUCUCACCAUCUCCUUUACAGCCCAAAAAAUUAAGGUAUAGUCUGAACAUCUUCCCUGCUCACUUUCAGCUGUGAACAAUGCUGUCUCUUAUCUGAUCAUUCCUUGGGUAGUAUUUCUUGAUCAUUUCUUUCGAGGUCUUUCCCACAUACUAUUUAUUAUACAUUUAGAGGAUUAUGAACUUUAUUAUGAACAAACUUGACUUUGGUGAAAAUAUUUAUAACAGAUAAUAUAGGAUAUAAGAUCAUGCUCUUUAAAAGAAUAAAUCAAGAGAACCAUAGGCAUCAUUAUAGAACAAUUGUCAUGAAAGCUAUCUGUUUUUUCUAUAUAAUGGUUAUUCCCUUUUAAUUUCCUCUUUCCAACUGUCUCUUUCUGCUCUGUAAUGUCUUCUCUUCACAUUCUUUCAGCAUACUUAGAUCUAACCCUUUAUUUGCUUUUAGAACUGAAACCAAAUAAGCUAGUAAUGUAUUUAUCAUAUCAGUAAUAAUUGGAUUUUACACUGGAUAUCACUGAUAGAAUUGGACAAAAUAUUUCCAAUUUGAGUAGAACUGGAAAUAUGGCCUCAAAAUAACUUCCUACCUUCAAGGUGGAAGCAGUUGUUUUGAAUUCACACAAGAUGUUCCAACUUUGUUAGAAAUUUUUCAAGUCCCAUUUGAAGCUCAAAAUAUCUGGCCAAAUUUGAAAUACUUUCCUAUAGAGUCCAGACAACCCAUGUCGAAGUCAGAACAAAUAUUUUAAACACAAAGCAGAGAAUUUCAAACUUAAAUUAUUUCUAAUCUGAGACAUUUUGCACAACCCUAAUUGCUGAUCAUGCAUCAUUGUUUUGCAUUAUGUAUUCUGAAUUAGAAAAUCAAGACAUUAUAAUGGGAACUUUAUUUUAAAUUUCUGGGUUUUAAUUUUUGUUUAUAUUUUACUCUUUAUUUAUAUUAACAAAAAUAUUUUUCUUUUUUUAAAAAAUCACCAAUUAGUUAAAUUACUGUCCCAAAUAAUUUAGAAUUCUUGUAAAUUCUUUUAGAACUUCUUUAUAGAAGUUUACAUACAUAAAAAUCUUGAAUUCAGUAUGUUUGAAAUUAUAGGCCUUUGCAGAAACUAAUUUCAACCAGCACAAUAGGAUAAAAUUGGUUCCAUGUGUUGUGUGAGACGAGGCAGUUGGGUUAAUCCAAACCAUGAUUCAGUUAACCAGCAUUACAUGUGAUACAACUCUGAUCAAGAAUAAACCAGCACGGAGCUGGAUCAGCGGUUAAUUCCUUUUCUAAUAUAGUUGUAAAAUGCAUGUGGUGACAAACAUAUUGGAUACUCAAAGUGACAUUUUUAAUGUGUGCUUGUUAGUUUGCAUGUGUACAUAUGGAUUUUUAGAUGAGAUGUAAAUUAUUUUCCUUUUGAAAAUGAUAAGUAUUAAAACUAAUAAUUUAUUUUGGAGCUGUUUGAAUAGCAUUUUAAAACACUAUAAAAAUACAUUACACCUCAUAUGAUCUACAUGAUGGGUUAAGGUUAAAGGUUAGGCUUUCCCCUUAACUCUACGUUUCUUAAACCUAGCAUAUCAAGAAAGGCAUUUGGAUGACUUGCCCAACUUAUUCACUAAUUGUUCAUAAUUAUCACAGGUGUUGGGCACCUGUGUGGAGUAUUCCACAGUGGAAUAUUCACGUGUCAUUAUUUGCUUUUGGUAACACACUCAAGAGUCUUGUGGAUGUGUUAAUUUCCAGCUGUGGUAAAAAUUUCAGCAGUUACACAUGAGGAACCCAUAUCUUUCCGACUUGGUCUACAGAAAUAUUGGCAGAAAGGAUUUUUUUUUAAAAAAAUCAAGAUUGUCUCUGCCUGGCUGAACCCCUGUAUUUUUUUGUUGGGGGUUGAAUGUGUGACACCUAUAAAAAGCAUUGGACUUCCACUUGCACAGAUUUCCUCUUGACCUACUGAUACUCCCUUCCCCUAGAGUAGUGGUGGCUAACCUUUUUCUCUUCGUGUGCCGAAAGCAUGCAUGUGCAUGUGAGACAGUACACAAGCUUGCCGGCACUCAUAAUGCAAUGAGCGCCCCGCACACGAGCUCAUGCCUCCCACGCAUGUGCAUGCAACCCCCCCCACAUCCUCCAGUGCAUGCACACGUGACUCCCCCGCCCUUCCGUUUUGGGCCUAGUAGGCCUCCCUGCAGCCUUGGCCCAAAAAAGAGCUGGGGGGGGCGCCACACCACCUGUGCUCCCCCGACCCUGCAUAUGCACAUGUGACCCCCACGCAUGCAUGCACAAACCCCCGCACAUGCAUGCGCGUCUCCCACAUGUGCGGUGGAGCUGAUCUGGGCGAUGGUUUGCGUGCCCAGGCUCUGCGUGCCAGCUGUGGCACGCAUGCCAUAGGUUCGCCAUCACGGCCCUAGAGACAGCCCUGUUUUACUAUACAGUUUAUCUUCUUAGAGGUGGUUACUUCCGGGUGCAAAACAUACUUGUUACUGAGUGCUUAUUAACUUUUCUGGGACAGGUAUGAAACUGUGCCAGGCUACUUGUUUAUGUUUUUGCCCAUGGCAGCAUAGAACAUUUUGUAACUGAUCUGGUGUCAAAUUUGUGAGAGAUUUACACCUUGCUUUUUAAUUAUUGCCUGGCAAUAUCAGUGGGAUUUAGAGUAGAAGUACAAACUAGAUGUUUUUUAAAAACUUAGAAGGUGAUGAUUGAUGGAGGGAAGGCAAUAGGGAGGAUAGGAACAUUUAAUCAAUUAUCUUCUUGCACAAAAACAGUCCAUAUGUCAAGCCGCUUUGAUUGGCAAAUUAACAAAUCAACCUGAUGAUUUAGAAGGCAAUUAAUAAGCCUCUUUCAAAUCUUCCUUCAGACUUCUAUAUUCCGUAUAGUAAGGCACACAAAUUAAUGCCUUAUUCGUUUGCUCUCCAGUAAAAGGCACAGGAUCCGGCUAUAAAUCAUGUCUUUUUCUAAAAUGAAAUAAUUGCUGUUAUUUCAGUUAUAAAUUCCUUAACUGUUUAUAAUGUCUUUGAAGACUGGGGCUCAAGGUUUAGAGGUGCUUGCAAGUUUUUGCUCUGAAUUUUCAUCCAAUAACAAAUUGGGAUCCUCUGUACAGGUAGUCCUUGACUUACAACCGCAAUUGAGCCCAACAUUUCUGUUGCUAAGUGAGACAUUUGUUAAGUGAGUUUCUCCCCAUUCUAUGACUUUUCUUGCUAGAGUUGUUAAGUGAAUCACUGCAGUUGUUAAGUUAGUAACAUGGUUGUUAAGUGAAUCUGGCUUCUCCACUGAAUAUGCUUGUCAGAAGGUUGCAAAAAGUCAUCACAUGACCAUGGGACAUUGCAACUGUUAUAGGUAUGAGUCAGUCGCCAAGCGUCUGAACUUGAACUGUUCAAGAGGAACGAUAAGCACUAAAAACAAGUACUGAGCAAACCACGUGUCCUACUCCGUGAUCCUUUUAUUUCGGCCGGAAGAAGUAGCAAGUCAUGAGGCAGCCAACACUAGCAAGUUCUACAUUACGCAUUGAUUACCAGGAGAAAAACAAAUACCGAGACAAGAUUUUCACCUCAAAACACAUUGAAUACCAAAUUUUAUGAGUUUUAAAGCAGCCAAGUAUCAAGAUAUGUAUGACUGUAUUAAAUUGGAUUGUAAGAAUUGUAGCUGUUUGUUGUAAAUAUUAACAAUUUUGUAAGUCUGGAUUUUGCACAGGAGAAUUCAUGGGAUUUCUGUGUGUAUUAGAACGCAUAGAAUUAUCUACGGUUUGUUUGGUGAUACGUUCAAUGUUUCUUUGUCUAUGGUAUGUUGCAAGUUUAUAGAGGGAGGGCUUGUUAAACUGUAAUAAAAAAUUAGUAAUAAAAAUGCAUGAAGCCUCUAAAAGUAGUGUCUUACUUGGAGGUGGAUUGAUGGAUGUCUUAA